CGGGAAAAGCGCGCGCGGGUUUGGCUGGCGUCAGGGGAAGGUUGUCGGUGACAAAAGGUGGCUGAGCUUUGCCGUGUCUUCAUCACCAGAAUCUGUUUUGUUUGAUGCGGAGAAGUGGGCAUCAUGUCCAAGCGUGAAUCCUUCUUGCGAUCCGUGUGCACAGCUUCUGUGAAGGAAUUCCUGAAUUUUAUUGUGCUCCACAAAAAUAAUUCGGAUCCAUUUGAUCUGAAUGAGUUGCUGCAGGAGUUCCCACGGAAGCAAAAAGAACUGUUGUGGAAGCAACUGAAGACUCUCUUGACUGAUGUUCUGUUAGCCAAUCCUGUGGAGAAUUGGCAGAAGUUUGAUGAAGACAGUGAUGAUGAAAUGGAAGUGGAGGGUGCCCUAGAUUUGAAGGAAGCUCUGUCUGUGAUUAGUGGUAUAACUGAAGUGGUUGCUGCCUCCAUAAAUGUUAUUGAUGAGAAUGUUGUUUACAUUGAUCUGCUGGAAAUUGCCAUUAUUCUGAAUGGCAUUAUGCCAGUAUUGCCUACACACCAAGGAGUGUUGAAAAUUACAAUCCAACGUUUGUUUGAGGCUUGGUGGGAGAAAGGAUUGGAAGGGAAAGAAGAACUGGGGAAAACAGUCUUCAUUAUGUUGUUGGAAAAAAGCUUAAUGGCAAAAUUCUCGAAUGCCGAUAUAGUUCGACUCUGGCAGUUCCAUCAAGCUUUGGAAAGUUUUGAGUUUAAUUCAGAGGCCAGUAAUGAAGUGAAGGAUGCUCUACUUCAGUGCUUCAUGAGUAUUGCCCACAUAAAAAAAGAAGAGGGAAGGCGUUUCCUAAGUUUUUUGUUCAGCUGGGAUGUGGAAUUCAUCAAAAUGAUCCAUGGGACCAUUAGGAACCAGUUAACUUUCUUUCCUAAGUCCAUAAUGCCUUUUGUAGCUGAAGUAUACUUUAGAGCUUGGAGGAAGGCAUCUGGAUUGUUCCUCGAGACUAUUGAAAACUGCUGUAUCCAGGAUUUUAUGCAUCACGGAGUUCAUCUUCCUCGGAAUUCUCCAGUUCAUUCUAAAGUGCGAGAGUUGCUGAGCUAUUUUCAUCAGCAAAAACUACGCCAGGGAGUUGAUGAAAUGCUGCAUCGCCUGUACCAGCCUAUUCUGUGGCGGGGGCUUAAGGCCAGAAAUUCUGAAGUUCGAGCAAACGCUGCAAUUCUCUUUGUUGAAGCAUUUCCAAUCCGAGACCCCGCACUAACCAAUGAAGAUGUAGAUGUUUCAAUCCAAAAGCAAUUUGAGGAAAUUUUUAAGCUUUUAGAGGAUCCUCAACCCCUCGUUCGGUCCACGGGUGUUCUUGGUGUUUGCAGAAUUGCUGCAAAAUACUGGGAGAUGAUACCUCCUUCCAUCCUCACUGACCUCCUAACAAAAGUGCUCUGUGACCUUUCGGCUGAUACCAGCUCUGCUGAUGUCCGUUGUUCUGUUUUUAAGUGUUUACCGAUUACUUUGGACAACAGAAUGAGCCAUCCUUUGUUGGAGCAGAUUCUUCCUGGACUGAGAAAUAGUCUCCAUGAUACCUCAGAAAAAGUACGAGUGGCUUUUGUUGAUAUGCUCCUUAAAGUUAAAGCUGUCAGAGCUGCAAAGUUUUGGAAAAUAUGCCCAAUGGAACAUCUUUUGGCCCGAUUGGAGCUUGAUUCUCGACCAGUGGCAAGGCGUAUUGUUAAUCUUUUAUUUAAUUCCUUUUUUCCUGUGAAUCAACCUGAUGAAAUAUGGUGUGAACGAUGUGUUACCCUGCUGCAAAUGAAUCCUAUGGCAGCAAGGAAGUUUUAUCAAUAUGCACAUGAACACACUGCACCUACAAAUAUUGCCAAGUUGAUGCUGGUGAUUCGCCGAUGUUUGAAUGCCUGUAUUCAGAGGGCAGCCCAUAAUGAAAGUGAUAUUGAUGAUGACGAACAUCAGAAGGAAAAUAUCAGCGUGCUGGAUAGUGUGCUGUCAGUGAAUGAUGGUGCCACAAUGGCUAGCUUACUGGAAAUUAUUGUUAUUUUAUGGAAGAGCAUCCAAAAGGCACUGAAUGAAAAUGAAGAAGCUAAAAACUACACAGUUGCAAAGUUUGCAACUGUGCUGCCUGAAUAUUUUAAAAAUUUAACGGAUGACCGUUGUACUGUCCCCUUAAUAAUUCUGGCUUCAUUCAUGCCUGCAACAGCAGUUCUCACCUUCAGUUGUGGUGUACUCUCAAAGUUAAGAAAUUUGGAUAAAGACGCUGAUGAGAAUAAGUAUUCUUCAUUGAUAGACUGCCUAUGUCAGUGGGGAAAAGUCGGACAUGUGGUUGAGCUGAUUACUGAUUGGCUGACAGAGGGGCUUCCUCAAAAGAACAAGAAGAUCCAACCACGUAAAGUUCGAAUCCAAGAAAUGGUACAACCCAAACUGGAGUUGGCAAUAAAAUUUUUAGAAUAUAUACUGACUAAUAUAAUGAGUCGAGAAUGCUUGUUGGAUUUGCCACAAAGAAAACUGACACAGCUUCUGAAGGCCUUGGCAGCUAUGAAGGAACUCCUGGUUUCCUUUCUGAGUACAUCAGAAAUGAUGCUUCAUGAUAUAAAUUUGGAUACAGCGCUCAGGGCUUUUAGUUUACAUUGUCGAUUAACUAUCCAUUUACAUAACAAGAUCUCUGCAGAAGAUAGAAAUUAUCUUUUGAUUCUUGAAGAUAAUGCAAGCUGGAUUGAUGAGAAAGUAUUGCAGUUCAUGCAUAUUCCAGGAAAGGAGAUGGAGGUGUCAGAGCACCAAAGUCAGGUUGCAAAACAAGUGGUUGAUAUGUACCUCUCGGUCUGCAAGGAUAUUGUUAUGGUGGGUGCCUCUGAUAGGAAAUUCCAGGCUCAGUUGCUGGGAUUUGCUGUUGCUGUGAUGAACACAGAAAAAGGAGUCUUCAGUUUGCCAUUAGUGAUAUCCAUUCUGAAAGAGAUUGCAGUGGACUGCCUGUCUCAGGACAUCUGCAACACCAGUGAAAACAGCAAAGAAAUACUCAACAUUGUCCAGAAAGUAUUCCAUAAAAUUUUUGAAAACCUGGCUCGUAGUUCAAAAAAGAACCAGGCAGAAGCUCUGCAGGUUCUGACAUCUAUUCAGUUGGUGCUUGGAGAAUUCAUCAGCACUGUUGAGAACUGGCAUGGUGUUCAUGAAGCAGUUCGUCAAGAGAUGUUCUCAACACUUCUGGCUGCAAUGCUGGCGGAAACUGUUCAUGCUCUAAAAAAGAAAUCAGACACAGAUGACAUCACUCCACCAGAAGCCCCGAGUGAUCUGCCAGUACUUUCAAGCUACUUGCUGGCAAUUGUGAUAAAGUACCCCAGUGUAAUGAGGUCAUUUUUAAAUGAAUUAGCAGAAUGCGUCAAUUCUGAAGCCAUACAAGGAAUUGUGGAAUUGGUAGCUGCUCUCCAUUUCCUCCUCGUACUUAAUAAAGGUAAAGCACAUGUGAAAAGAGCUGCAAUCAAAGACACGGCGACGGCAAUUCACGGGAAGUUUCAGGCUUAUAGUGGAAAUGAAUCAGGGUUGAAUGACUUUGAAAGGUCAUUCAUAGAUGACAAACAACAAUGGUCCCUGGAUCAAUUGUUUUGGUUACAGAUUUCCAGUCAGUAAACCACCCCUCAACCACUACCCUGUGUCUUAUAUUACCAAGCCAAGUUUGAGUCUAGUUUGGCAACACACCUGAGAUCACCUGGCCUAAACGGUUGGUCCGAACUACUGUAUAGGACAUUGUCAAAAGCCUUGUCUAUCACCCCACCUUUAUCAGUUUUCUUACUCAACUUUUGCUGCUUUCAUUGAUUCUCUUCUAUGCAUGAUAUCUGAAUGGUCCAUGAACAUUACUUAUUAUUCCUUUUUUUUUUGCACUAUUCUUUACUUUAUAAGGUAUAGUAAUUUUGAUUGUGACUAUCUAUAUUUUUUUUGCUAUGGAGACCAGGAGAGUGGGAUCAUCAGUGUUCUGUUUGAAUUUAGGUGUUUAUUUUACCAAAUCAUUAAAAUCUAAUGCAUAGUACAAAAAGUAACCAAAAAGAAAUAAAUGGAAUAUGAAGUUUUUUUUGACAGAGAAGUGAUGUGUAAAUUAUGCAGAAUCUUGGUUGAAACCCAGCUGCAUUUAAUUUUUGACAAACGACAGGAGUGGUUUACAGAAUGUAAUGUAACUAUCUCCCUUAAAUACUGGAUACAAUUGAGUCAGUGACAGUUCUGAAGAUUAAUACCUAUUAUCAAAUUAAUAAAGGUAUUAGUUGGGGAUAAUCAGAGAUACGGAACAAAAGUUGGCAAAUAGGUGCAUAAAGUGCUGAGAUGGUAAAGCAACCUUGAGAUUGAAUGACCUGCUCUGUUCUUUCGCUUAAAGUCAGAAUUGUACAGCACGGAAACAGGCUUUUAGACCAGCAUAUCCAUGCCUACCACUCUGUAUUAAGUCCAUUUACCCACACUUGUCCAUUACCUUCAAUGCUUUGGUGAUUUAAGUGCUAGUCCAGAUACUUGUUGUCGGAAGGCCUACAUGUCCUACUCGAUCUUUGAGCUUUAGCCACUUUUGUGAAAAGGUUCUUCUUCAGAUUCCCCUUAGAAAUCUUGACCCUUACUCUAAAUGAAUAUCUUCUCAAUUGAUGGGGAAUGUUCCUACUCAAGUUCCUGAACAAAGGGAUCUGAGUCACCAGAGUGAGAAUGGUUAAUUGAAUAUUUCCUUUUAUUUUAAUUGGUCUGGAGUAUAAAAGCAGUGAAUUCUGGGAUGUAAAAUUAGCAAACUAUUAAUGUCACUUUACAGUGUGUAGGCAAGAGUCUUAGCAGGAUUUUGAGUGUAGUUGGAGACAGUGUAAAAGUGAUUCAUUAAAUUGAUUCCUGUAAUGAAGAAGGGUUUAGCUGGUUGGCCCUAUAUUGAUUGGUAUUUAGGACGAUGAGUAGUGGUCUUCCUGAAACAUGUAAAUUUCUAAUGGAGAUUGGCAAGGGGGUAAUGAGAGGAGAUUUACCACUAAUUCAGCUUUUUACAACUAGGGAGCAUAACUUAAGAGCAAUAGGUUGCCCUUUCAGACAGUUUAAGAGAGAUUUCAUCUCUUGUGUUAGGCAUGUGGCCAAGUGGUUAAGGUGUUCGUCUAGUGAUUUGAAGGUCACUAGUUUGAGCCUCAGCUGUUGCAGCAUGUUUGUGUCCUUGAGCAAGGCACUUAAUCACACAUUGCUCUAGUCUGUGCGAGGAGUGGUGCCCCACACAGCCUGCCAAUCUGCACCUUGUAAGGCAUGAAAAUGCCCGACGCAGGCCUCUCAAAGGGUUAUAUAUCUUUGGAAUUCUCUAUCCCAGAAAGUUGCAAAGAUGUAUAAUUGCAUACAUUCCCCAUGGAGAUUGACAGAUGUUCGAACUACAGACAA